CCUAAUCCACAUCAUUCAAUCCCCAAUUUCUCUUCUCUAAUCACACGUAACAUGCUCUCACCAUCUUUUACCACCGCCACCACUUUCUCCGGCCAAAUUGCAACUUCGCCGAUAGGCUACGUCAGAUCCCGGCCAGUAAUCGCAUUCGCCACCGCCACCGAAGCAGACUACCGACCUACACCUUCUUUGUAUCUGAGCACCCACGGCGACGGCGACAUGGCUUCCUGCACUUCGCUUUACGAGAUUCUCGGAAUCGCCGCCGCCGCGUCAGACCAGGAGAUCAAGGCGGCGUACCGGCGGCUUGCUAGAGUCCGUCACCCUGACGUGGCGGCGGUUGAUCGGAAGGACUCGUCGACAAACGAGUUCAUGAAGAUCCACGCUGCAUACUCGACGUUAUCUGAUCCCGAGAAGCGUGCCAGCUAUGAUAGGAGCAUGAACCGGCGGAGGCGGUCGCUGACGGCAACGGUGACGCCGAGAUUAUCCGGUUACAAAGGACGGAACUAGGAAACAGACCAGUGCUGGUAGCGGAUCUGAGGCGUAGUUAUUGGAUCACCUUUGAUUUUACUUAUUACUAAUUAAUUAAUUAAUAGUUAUUGACCAGAUUGUGUACUAAUAUUGUAUAUGAGUACAAUUGUGUGUACAAAUAUUGUGUAUAAGUACGAUUGUGUAUACAUACAUAAGAGAAUCAGUUGUUGAAAUAAUGUGUUUUAUGACGAUUUUAAACCGUCACAAAUGUAGGUGUUUGAGGUAUUGGAUAUAUUAAUUUUAAAAUUGAGCAGCUGAGAUUGAUUGGGAUUAAA